AUGUACGCAGACGCACAGGACGUGGCUAGACGAUAACCAAAGCCCGGGCUGCUGCUGCUGCUGCUGACUUUGUUUAUGCAGAAAAGCAAUGGAAUAAGAAAACGACAAAACAAGCGUCUGUUCCAUUCAGGGUAGUUCUCCGGGGCAGAGGGAUUCCCCGUCACUGCGCUGCGCUGUGUGGGCGCUCUGGCUUCACAGAAAUGAGCGUCUCCAGUUUGAACUUCUCCCUGGCUCCUCCUCCCGAUUACGAUUCAAGUGAUAACAUUUAAGAAAAGAGCUCACGGACCAUAGGGUUAAUAAGUCAGGGUCUUCUCAAGUACAACAGGGCAACAUGGAAGAGGACAGCCUAUCAGUCAGCUGUGGUAAUGGCAAACUCAGACAGUGGCUGAUUGACCAAAUAGACAGCGGGAGGUAUCCAGGCCUGGUUUGGGAAAAUGAUGAGAAAACCAUAUUUCGGAUUCCAUGGAAACAUGCUGGGAAGCAGGAUUACAACCGGGAAGAGGAUGCUGCCCUGUUUAAGGCAUGGGCUCUGUUCAAAGGGAAAUUUAAAGAAGGUGUGGAUAAGCCGGACCCUCCGACGUGGAAAACCAGAUUACGCUGUGCUCUUAAUAAAAGCAACGAUUUUGACGAGCUGGUAGAGAGGAGCCAGCUAGACAUUUCAGAACCUUAUAAGGUCUACAGAAUCAUACCAGAGGGAGCUAAGAAAGGAUUGAAAAUGACCAGUCUGGAGGAGAGUUCACAUCUUAGCUAUUAUCCUGCAUAUUCUUCAUUGCAAAACCAGGUGACCAGUUACAUGGAGCGGAGAGACUGGAGAGACUUUGCUUCUUCUGACCAGCAGUCUCUUCCUCCUCCUCCACCUCCUCAUCAUCACGAUCUGCAGUACCACUACCCAUCAUCCCUCAGCCGGCCCUGGCCCACAGCACACUCAGAGAAUGGCUUCCAGCUCUCCUUCCAUACAUACCUAUCAGAUACCCAACCACCUAUCUAUGCAAUGGACCCUAACUCUAUGACCGAUUUCAGCCUACACGUCUCCCUCUUCUACCGAGAGUCCCUGGUGAAAGAAGUGACCACCAUUAACCCAGAAGGAUGCCGUAUCUCCUCUUCGGCCUCCUCCUCUUCCUCCUCCCCGUCCUCCUCCCCUCAUCCGGACGACCGCCUCUCCAUGGGUCCAGAGGUCAUCCUGUUCCCCUUCCCGUACCCCGAGUCCCACAGACAGGGGGCAGACAUGCUCCCUAGCGUCCUGGAGAAAGGGGUGCUGUUGUGGAUGGCGCCUGAUGGGAUGUACGCCAAACGCCUGUGUCAGAGCAGGGUGUACUGGGAGGGACCGCUGGCUCCUUACACGGACAAACCCAACAAACUGGAGAAGGAGCAGCCCUGCAAACUGUUUGACACUCAGCAGUUUCUAAUAGAGCUUCAUGAGUAUGUGCACAAUGGACGCUCUCCUCCACGACACCAGAUUGUGCUGUGCUUCGGAGACGAGUAUCCAGACCCACAGCGCUCCAGGAAAAUGAUCACAGCACAGGUGGAGCCAGUAUUUGCCAGAAAACUGCUGUUCUACUAUCAUCAGAACAAUGGUCACUAUCUGCGUACCUACGACCACAACCAGCAACCCAACCCCUCUCCAGCCUCGGACUACUCUUCCCAGAGACCUUUGCAGCACAUUCAGGAAUAACUUCAUUGUACUUCUUCUACAAGUAUGACUUGAUGGAGCCAUAAGACUGCAUGUUAUAAACUUGAACUGCUGAAAGGGGGUGUAGAGGGGGAGACCCUGAUGCUACAGUGGUAUGAAUUGUCUGUCUGGCUGAUUUUGAAGUAGUGGUAUUUUUUUGGUACUUGUGUAGUAUUCUUGUGACGGUGUGAAGGAUGCGGUUUUGAGGCUGGGGGUACGAGGAGAGCGGAGGGCCACCGAGACAGGAAGUACUAGCACAGGUGCACAGGAAGAGUGGCCCUACAAGCUCUGAGAUGACAAAAAGAUAAACAUGCUUCAGAGCUAAGGCACAUUCAGAAAUAGCAAUUACAUGCUGUUUAAUAAAGCUAAGGGUACUUGACCUAUGCUUGUAAAUUAGUACAUUUUGUUUGUGUAUUGCAUAAAAAAUCCAGACUGAAAUGUAUAGGUUUUGCAGUCUAGUCACUUCUUUCAAUGAAUUUCAGGCCAAACUCAGCCAAGCAAGGAGAUUUCUUACUUUUUUUGACAUAUCAGAUCAAAGCUCAUUAGUCAUCUGUCACUUUCAACAAAAUCAAACUUUGCUAGUUCUGCAGAGGUCAGUGCUGUUUUAGAUCUCUUGUCUAUCUUUUAUUUAUUUUUGGAGGGCCUUUUUUUUUUACACAUAAACCGUCAUAUUUGUCUGGAUAUCCACCUAUCAGUCUCACUCAUCUGAACUCUGGGAGGUAAGAUCAGGGCCUGGACUGUAGUUGUUUGUACAGUAUAAGCAGUAAAGGCUUGUUGUCUUGGUUGGUAAGAUUACACUGUAAAAGCACCGCUGAUGUGUCGCUAAAAUGUGUUUUUGGUCUUGGUGUCUGAAAAAGCUGUUCUAAAGUGCCUCAAAAUAUCAUGUGUGUGAUGUGAAUAAUAGCAUUGUGCCAAAGCGUUUGUGAGUCCAGCUGUAAGUAGCUUUACAAAGUCAGUCAAUAAUAACUCAGUGAAGUGGUAUGUUUGCAUGAAAAGAAUUGCGUUAUUUUUCAUAAGAAUAUAUUCUGUACUGACAUCAGUUCAAAACUGAGGAACUGUGGUCUAAUGAAUUAUACUUGGACUGACUCAGGUUUCAUGCUUGAGACGUUCUUGAAAAAUAAAAACUUGAAUUGUAGAUUCUUUAUGGAAUUGGUGGUUUUCAGAUUCUAGAAUCUGAUUAUAUCCGUUUCCAAAAGGGGGUAAGAGCCACUUUUCCCUUUUGAUUGUAUUCUCAUGCAAUGAACCAGAUAUCUCUAUUAGUGACUGACUAAACCAAGGAACCUGCUAUAUUACAAAAAACAAAACAAUAAAAAAAUGCAUUUUAACACUGAUGUCAACUGCCCUACAUCUGUAUGAAAUAUUAUUGAUCUUUAAAAUGUUAAGAUAAUGUUUGAAACCCAGCAGUGGCAGUUAACGAUAAACAGCAUUCGAAAAAAUGAUUCUGAAAAUUUUGAAGAGAUCGGCCUUUGCAACGAAUUUGAGACUUUUAUUUUCAAAACCUUUGCUUUAUCUACAAUUAGCCCUCAGUGAGGGAACUGAAAUGGAAAAUAAUACUCAUCCCAAAACUUACAGGUAGAAGGUCCCUGUUCCUCUUGACCUGAAACUACCAGAGCCUCAAUCAGGAAUUAAAACUAUUGCGGUUUGUGCUUUGGUUUGACUGAGGUGGAGUUUAAUUCUGUACUCCGAGAAAUGGGCACCACUUCUCAAUCAUGAAUACUCAAGACAUGCGAUAGAAUAAUAGUCUUGAAUCUGUGUGUUGGUUAGUUUUCAAAAGCCAUCAUGAUAAUAGUGUUGUGAGUGCAUUUUGGGAGUAACUGGCUGUGUAAUUUAGUUUUUACUAUUUGACAGGUGGACUCUAAAUGAGGAACGUUUUGUAAAACAGCAUUUUGUUUUUUCAUUUAUUUAAUGUUUUAAAGAGAUUCUGAAGUAGUUUUGUGGCUGACUAUUUUAUUGUCAAUGUUUUUUCAAGUUUAAGUUUUUAAUAAUUUAAUUGUUUUUUUGUUUGUUUGGUUGGUUUUUUUUGUUGUUGUUGUUUUUUUGUUUUUUUUUACCAAGUUUUAAGUUAAAAGUGAUUUUGAUCAAUUAACUGAACACCAUGAUUGAUAUUAGGCCUAAACCUAUCAAAUAAGAUUUACUGUACAUAAGGUUAUGCUUUUUCUUGUACAUAUAAACCAGUGACACUUCA